AUGGCGCAGCGGCCACCUCUAGGGCAUUACUGGACCUGCCCAUUACUUGUUCCCCUGUUCCCCGAGAGAGGCCCAGACGGGAUUAUCAGAGGGCUUCGCCACGGUUCUAGGUCUACCAACACCAACCUCACCCAUCACCUCAAAUCAGAAGAGAAGUGAGGUGAAGUUCACCCGGUAAUUCUCCAUCGAAUCAUCUGACAGAGACAGUCCUUCUCGUUCGAUGUCCAAGCCUUCUCCAUUGUCGGUGUUGCCAUCGCCCAACGUGUGAUCACCUGCCAUUGCCGUGGGAGAGAGGAGUUGGAGCCAAGAGGAGAGCUGAGAAUUCUCCACCGGCCGUUGCAGAUGCAUUUUGUUCCCAGAGCAGGUGUUGGUUACCCCAAGCUACGUGACAGGGGAGCCACAGUCCAUGACGCAUGGUGCUGAUCGGUGGAUGAGAACCACAAGAGAAGAGCGCAAUGUUGCUGUGCUCUCCUACAUGAUCUGCUCAGACUCAGCGUUGCUCCUUGUUUUGCCGACCCUCCAC